AUGAAGUCUGCUGGUCGUAAUGCCAUCCUUCAGGGUCCAAAUGGAGGAACUUGGUCUGUUAAACUCAAAUGUGAAAACUCGAAAGGCAGGUUCCUGCAAGGUUGGCAAGCAUUUGUAACGGACAAUAAUUUGGAAGUGGAUGAUGUUUGUGUUUUCACCUUGAUGAAGGACGUUAAACUUUCUUUCGAAGUUUUUUUGUUCCGCACUACAGAAGCUGCAAAUUGCCGCAUGUCUCCAACAGGGCCUUCCGAUACAUCUUUGAGCGCUGUUGAAGCUGCCAACAAGUUCGUUUCAAGCAAUCCAUUCUUCAGAGUCACCCAUGGUCUGGGGUCAUCCCGUGUGUUGCGUAUUCCAACUAGUUUUUCCAAGAACUUCAUUGAAAAGAAGAAACAAAUUGUGAAACUUUGGGUUGACGAUAGAAUGUGGCAUGUGAACUUGACUGUUCAUUGGCGUAAGGCACUUAAAUUAUCUGCUGGCUGGGCUGCAUUUGCUAAGGGAAAUUGUUUGACAGAAGGAGAUGUUUGCAUAUUUGAACUUCUCGACAGAAAUGAUAUCUCACUGAAAGUCUACAUAUUUAGAUGUUGA